GAUGAGGUGGUAUAAGAAUAAUUUUGAAAUAACGCAGAUUGAAGGAGGAAGUAAAAUGGUGAUGGUAAUUUUGAGGUGGGAAUAAGUAGGUGGAGAAGAAGGUAAGGGUGAAAAAAUGGAGUAUAAGAGUAGAAUAUGAUGUUUCUCUCUCAGUGUCACACUCAUCCAUUAACACAUUCAUGUUCUCACUUUCCAAUGGAUCCUCCUCUCAUCACUCACUCCACAUUCUCCUCCGCUUACACCCUCGCCGAUAUUUGGCUCGGAACCUCCGACCACCACUUCUCCAAGAAUGACUCUAGUAGCAAUAAACGGAUGAAGGUGGAAGGGUCCAGUAUUAAAAAUGAUGGUUUCAAAGAGGAAGCAGAAACAAGUUCUGUGAGUGGUAACAAGUCAAGUGAACAAAGCACUAUACCUUGUGAUGCACCCAAGCAAGACUAUAUUCACGUGAGAGCAAGAAGGGGUCAAGCUACUGAUAGCCACAGUCUAGCAGAAAGAGCAAGAAGAGAAAAGAUCAGUGAGAGAAUGAAAAUUCUGCAGGACUUGGUUCCAGGGUGUAACAAGGUAAUUGGUAAAGCACUAGUCCUAGAUGAGAUAAUCAAUUACAUACAGUCUCUGCAGCGUCAGGUUGAGUUCCUUUCUAUGAAGCUUGAAGUAGUUAAUUCAAGGAUGAACAUGAGCCCUAACAUAGAUGGGUUUCCUUUAAAAGAUGUUGGUGGUGCUGGAAUGGUAUUUGGAUCACAAGCAGCAACAGGGUAUGCUCAGGGAUCACAUCCUGGAUGGCUGCAUAUGCAGAUAGGUGGUGGUUUGAGAGAACAACAUAGUUUAGAGAAGUCUCAUUGGGAAAGAAACAUCAUCAACUGAUAGGUUUGAUUUUCUACUAAAAAACUAAAGGUUUGGUUACAUAGUGUGUUUUAUUAACAACCUAGUUAACUGUUGCUGAAUGUUGUAGGUUUGUAUUUCCUUUGUUAGAGAAUGAUAUAAUUUACAUAGAAAAUGCAUCUAAAUACCACAUGCUUCACUA